AAGUGAUAUUGACAGCUCCAAAAUGUGGAUAUGUGCUGGUGAAGGAUGUGAAGAGGGAAACAGAAGAGACAGACAGAAAGAAACCGCUGCAGAGACAAGGAGCGUAAGGCCUACUCCAGGGGAGGAAGACAAAGAAACCACUAAUCAGUGUGCUGUACCUUUGUCUAAAUCUGAAGUCUAACCACAAUAGAUUUGAGGAAGAAGCUGAGAUGAAGCUUUUGCAGAUGUGGAGCUUUGUCGCCUGCUUCCUUCUGGCCUAUAUUGAGGCAGCUUCCCUGUAUGGAGAGAUCUUGUCGCCAAACUAUCCUCAGGCAUAUCCCAAUGAAGCUCAGGAAUCCUGGGAGAUCAGCGUGCCUCCUGGUUAUGGCAUCCAUCUCUACUUCACCCACCUGGAUAUAGAGCCAUCUCAAAACUGCCAGUAUGACUCCGUGAAGGUUCUGUCUGGUGACCACAUUGAGGGCCAGCUCUGUGGAUGGAAGAAAAGCCGCGCUCCUGAGUCACGUAUCCUGGAGGAAUUCCGCGUCCCCUAUAAUACCUUGACCAUUACCUUUCAGUCUGACUUUUCCAAUGAAGAGCGAUUCACUGGCUUUGCUGCCUAUUAUGUUGCGGAGGAUGUGGAUGAGUGCACAGAUUUUGUGGAAGAAGCCUGCAGCCAUUACUGCAAUAACUAUAUUGGCGGUUAUUUUUGCUCUUGCCCACCUGAAUAUUUCUUGCAUGAGGAUCAGAAGACAUGUGGAGUGAACUGCUCUGGGAAUGUGUUCACUGACCUCUCCGGGGAAAUCACCAGCCCCAACUAUCCCAGCCUGUAUCCUGAGAACUCGCAUUGCGAUUACCAUGUGGCCCUGGAGCCAGGAUACCGUGUGGUCCUGACCAUGGGAAAGGACUUCGACAUAGAGCCAGCUGACUCGGAAGGAAACUGCCGUGAUGCCUUAACGUUCUCAGCAGGGGGGCAGCAAUAUGGUCCCUACUGUGGCAGCACUUUCACUGGGCCUCCAGAAAUCAAGACUACAAGCAAUAUCCUUGACAUUGUCUUCCAAACAGACCAAUCAAUGCAAGGCAGAGGCUGGAAAAUCCGCUACUUUGGGGAUUCAAUGCCCUGUCAAGAUACUGUUAUUCCAAACUCUGAUAUGGAACCUGUGCGAGAGCGUUAUGUCUUUAAGGAUUCUGUGAAGGUGACUUGUGUAGAAGGCUAUGAGAUUGUAAUGCCAAAAGGCAGCCUCACGUCCUUCCACUCUGUCUGUAAAAGCAACGGCAAGUGGAGCAACUCUAACUUCAGAUGUGUCCCUGUAGAUUGUGGUGUGCCUGAUCACCUUGAAAAUGGGAAAGUCACUUACCUAUCAGGAUUUGAGAACACUGCAUAUCAAGCCACUAUCCGCUAUACAUGUGAGGAGCCCUAUUAUACACUGAAGGGCAAAGGACUUUAUAGGUGUUCAGCCAGUGGGAGAUGGGUAGAUGAAGAAGAAAAAACAGAACUUCCAGUUUGUGUCCCAGUUUGUGGUGUUCCCUCUCGCCCCAUUGAAGGGACAGGGAAGAUUUUUGGAGGCAAGCCUGCUAAAGAAGGAAACUUCCCCUGGCAAAUCUAUUUUGAGCAUCCACGAGCUGGUGGGGCUCUUAUUUCGGACCGCUGGAUUCUUACUGCAGCUCACGUCCUGGAGGGAUACCAGAACCCAACCAUUUAUGCUGGGCAGCUCAAGGUGGGCCGAAUAGCCAUGCAGGGCGCUGUACCACUGGUUGUGCAUACCACAGUCAUUCAUCCCAAAUGGACCGAGAUGCCAAGAGGGCCCCGGACAAACUUUGACAAUGACAUUGCUCUAGUGAAGUUGAAGGAACCCUUGAAGAUGGGUCCCACCAUCUCACCCAUCUGCUUGCCUGGUGCAUCCUCAGAAUAUGUUCUUCCAGAGGGGAUCCUGGGCUACAUAUCUGGCUGGGGCAGAACAAAUAUAACUGAGGCAGCGAAAGUGCUUAGGCAAGCCCAGAUCCCUGUGGUAAGCAUGGACUCGUGCCGAAGCGUGAGGCCAGAUCCCCCUGCAGAUUCUUUGACCUAUCAUUUCACAGACAACAUGAUUUGUGGUGGGAGUAACGGGAAGGACAGCUGUGAGGGAGACAGUGGUGGGGCAUUUGCUGUCCAAUAUCCCCAUGACCAGAGACGCUACUAUGUUGCUGGCCUGGUUUCUUGGGGACCAAAAUGUGGCACCUAUGGUGUUUACACUAAGGUGUCCAAUUAUGUGGAUUGGAUCGCAGAGGUCAUGAGCCGGCCUGAAAAACCAGAAGAAUAGAUGCAUCUGUCUCUCCAGGUGCCAAUUGACUCUCCUGACAUUUUCGUCAGCCUUUUGGGCUAAUGCAAGAGAGGGAAGCUUGGAGUGAAGGUCCAUAUCAUUGCAAGUUGCUUUACAUUGCCUGCUUUUUUCUAUCUUCAUGAGAAGCCGACAGCAGUAACCGGAAGCUUUACAGCUGGAUUUGUUUUUAAAUGCUUUUCUGUCAUCUUUCUUUAUAUCUGCUUAAUUUCUUUUGGAAAUGACCCUGUGCCACCUAUUGGAUGAGGCCAAUGGGGAUAAAAAUUCUCCUCCUACACCAGCCUCACUGAAGUGAAUGGUAGUCUUCAUGCUCAAUUCUUUUCAUUGCAAUAGAGCAUGUGCGGGAGAACUUCCCUAGUGAAUUGUGCCCCAUGUUAAUUAGUAAGGGGGAUACUGGCACAGAAAACACCACCUACAUGAAAUCCAAUUUGUUUUAGAGACUUCCAAAAUCCCAGUGAUCAGAAGAUCUGGUACAUUUUGCCUUCUCAAGGCUUGGACAAGCUGUCAUUGGUACAGAAUGAUGGGACAGUGGCACUAUCCUCAAUCCUGCAACAGUAGUGUAUAACUGAACAACUGCACAUCCUUUUGAGACAGCAGUGGCCAAUAUUUCUGAUAGCGAUGUCACAAGCCAAGUACCCGUCAUCCCUGCAUAGAAUGGUUUUGCCUCCUGAGCCUUUUGACCAGAAAGUCAGACAGCAACACGCUGCUCUGAGAGGCCUCUAGGCCACAGCCCGCACUGUAUACCUUCUGUUUCUGUCCACUCAUGACACAGACCUCAGAUAUCUGGCCUCAUGUGGCAACUAUGCCACAGGUUGGCCACCUGUUUUGAAAACGUGAGAACACAUAAAACAAGGCUUUUGAAAUGGUGGCACAUAGUUGCAGGGGAAGGAGGUAAUCAUGUUUUCUUUGAAGACUACAUGAGUACUCAUGAUAAAAGUGGUACAUGCACACCCUUUACCAACCCUAAAAGCACAAAACAACAGCCCUUUAAAAACUGUUCCAAAGGGCUGCAUGGUGAGAGGUGGUUUCAUUGUCAUGGAUACCACAAGCACUCUCCAAUAGGUGGCCAUGAUCUAUAAUGAAUUUUGCAGUAAGUUUUUUUUCUGGAGGGAGGUUUUGGAUUUGGGGAGGUGCCACAGAAAGUGCCACAAGAACCUUGUUUGCCACCACUGAACCAUAACAGAAAAACACAUGUAUUGUGUGCAACAGGAAGACAAGAGCACUUUCCUGACUCUGAUAGCGAACAUAUUCUUGGAACAAACCGUCAUUGCUGCUGUUACAGAAUUUGCAUAGCUUCAUUUGCAUGUUAAAAGUGGCCCUGAUUUUACAAAGCAAGAGUAGGAAUAAGUUACAUAUUCCUUCUAACACAUACUCAGUUGAAUUAUAUUAUAUUAAAAAGAGCACCAAAUGCAGAA